AUGAGUUCAUUUUCCUUGCCUUCAACAUUCUCUGCCCAAGAUUUGGGAACAACAGCCUUGCGAUACAAUCGCUCCGAUGACGAAGAUAAUUUUCGAUCAAAUAAUAAUGAAAUUAACAGACAAAAGUAUGAAGAUGAUGAUGAAUCAAGAAGUGAAAGUGGAGGAAGUGAAAUUAGCGAAGAUGAAUACGGAGGUGAUAUGAUGAGAAGAAAUGACAUGUAUCUUGGUCCUGAAGAUGAUGACGAAGAAAUUGCAAAUUUGGGGGUGUCAGCUUCAAUGGCAUCAUCAAUCAAAAAAAGAAAGCGAAGACUACGAAAAUUAAAGGAAAAACGGGAGAGUGAAAAGAAAGAAAGACUAAUUGCACAGCUUUCUAGUGCGGAUCAUCCUCAAUACGAAAGAUAUGAAUGCUUCAUUCGGAGUACAUUUAAACCUGUAGUGAAAAGAUUAAUUAGUGGAUCUUCCAAUGUCACUGCAAACAAGCAUGCAGAAAUUAUUAUUGCAGGUGUUGCCAAAGUUUUUGUGGGAGAAAUGGUAGAAUUGGCAAAAGCAAUACAGAAAGAAUGGGGAGACAAUUUGAAUACACCCAUCGAGCCUAAGCAUUUGCGUGAAGCAUACAGAAGAUACAGAGAAAGCCAAAACAGAAAAAAGAAGUAUGCAUUUCGAUAA